AUGGUGAACUCCACACUGUCAUACUUCGUGCUGGGUGCGUACCUGCCUCUGGGCGGCGUGCGCUGGGUGCUUCUGGUCUGCGUGGCUCUGGUCUACGCCCUGAUCCUGGUCCUGAACUGGUUUUUGGUGGUCCUGAUCCUGAUGAGCCGGUCUCUCCGUGAGCCCAUGUACCUCCUGCUGUGCUCUCUGUUUGUGAACGAGCUGUACGGCAGCGGCGGCGUCUUCCCGUUCCUCCUGCUGCAGGUUCCUCUGGACGUUCACGUGGUGUCCGCUCCCUUCUGCUUCCUGCAGAUCUUCUGCCUCUACACGUACGCUCACGUGGAGUUCUGCACGCUCGCCCUGAUGGCGUACGACCGGUACCUGGCCAUCUGCCGCCCCCUGCAGUACCACGCGCGCAUGACGCCGCGCCGCGCCGCCGCCCUGGUGCUUCUGGUGUGGAUCUACUCGUUCCUGAAGAUGUUGGUGACGUUGUCGCUGAGCCUGCGCCUCACCUACUGCGGAAACACCGUCCCCAGCGUCUACUGCCACAACUACCUGGUGGCCAAGCUGGCGUGCUCCGGGACGGCGGUGAACAACAUCUACGGGCUGUUCGGCGUGGUGCUGACGGUGCUGGUGCCCCUGGCGCCCGUCGUCUACUCGUACGGACGCAUCCUGAGCGUCUGCUACGCCGGCGCCGGCCGCGCCCGCCAGAAGGCCCUGAGCACGUGCGCGCCGCAGCUCGUCUCGCUGCUCAACUUCUCGUUCGGCUGCUGCUUCGAGAUCCUGCAGAGCCGCUUCGACGUGAGCGCCCUGCCGGGGGCGCUGCGGGUGCUCCUGUCGCUCUACUUCCUCGUGAUGCAGCCGCUGCUCAACCCGCUCAUGUACGGCGUCCAGAUGAAACGCAUCCGAGACGCCACGCGACGCCUGCUCUGCCCCGCCCACGGACACGCCCACGGACACGCCCACAAACAGACCCAUGAACCCGCCCACGCACACGGACACGCCCACACUCAGGUCCAUGGCCCCGCCCCCUCUCGGUGUGUUGGUGAGGAGUUUGUGUGA